ACACCCAAAACACUAUUAACAAUACUAAAUCUCGAAACCUGGCGUUUCUGCUUUUGAAUCUAAAAAUAGAAGACAAUUUUGUACAAAUUGAGCCAAAUAAAUUUUGAAAUAGGUUUUUUUUUUUUCAAUUUUGUUACAUGGGAAGAGGGAUUUUGGGGAUUUUAAAAGCUGAAGUGAAGUGUGAAACUGUCAUCUGCCAUCCAAUUUUUGUUUUGUUUUGUUUUUUUUAACGAAAACAAAAGGACUUCAAGAAAACAAGACAAAAACCAUGACAGAUGAGAAUUAGAAGGGAAGAGAAAAAAAAAAAAAAAAAAAAGGAAAGGAAAGGUUAAGUGAUAGUUGCGACGUAGUUUGCGAGACAGCACACUCCUGUUUCUUUUCCAUUUGUCCUAAAAAACAGCAGAAACAAACAAGAAGCACAGCCCCCCAAAACAAGCAAACGAAAAGAAAAAGAACAAAAUCCGACACCUCUCCCAUAUUUCAUUACGACUACUUUGAAAUUGUUUUUUCCUACUAGGAAAAGAGAACAAGACACGAAAAUCCCCAUCCCGGCAACCAUUUUAGGGUUGCAUUUUUAAAAGUUGUUUUAUUUGAAUUUUGUUCUCAGACAGUUGAUCUAAUUUCAAUUCCCAUACAAAAGGAAUAAAAAAGUUCCUUUUAAGUCCUAACCCAAGACAGAUACCUGAGAGAGAAACAGAAAGAGAAGGAGAAAAGAAGAGAAUCAAGAUGGGAAAUUCGUUUGGUUGCUCAGCUUCAGGGGAGAGAUUAGUGUCGGCGGCGAGAGAUGGGGAUUUGGUGGAAGCCAAGAUGCUUUUGGAUUGCAAUCCUUGUCUUGCUAAAUAUUCCACCUUUGGUGGCCUUAAUUCUCCUCUUCAUUUCGCUGCUGCCAAAGGCCACAAUGAGAUUGUUGCUUUGUUGCUCGAGAACGGAGCUGAUGUUAAUUCCAGGAAUUACUGUGGCCAGACGGCAUUGAUGCAAGCAUGUAGAUACGGGCACUGGGAAGUUGUACAGACCCUUCUGCUUUUCAGAUGCAAUGUUAUGAGAGCAGAUUAUCUGAGUGGGAGAACUGCUCUGCAUUUUUCUGCUGCAAAUGGACACGUAAGAUGCAUAAGACUAGUUGUAGCUGAUUUUGUUCCUAGUGCUCCAUUUGAAGCUAUAAACACCCAAAUAGAAGGUGAAAGAGGGGAUGGUUGUAGUGUGAGGAAUAAAAAUGAUCAAAGUGCACUGUCAAAGUUUGUAAAUAAAGCGGCUGAUGGUGGGAUUACUGCUCUUCAUAUGGCUGCACUAAAUGGGUAUUUUGAUUGUGUACAGCUUUUGUUAGACCUUCAGGCCAAUGUCUCUUCUGUCACAUUUCAUUAUGGAACUACAAUGGAUUUGAUAGGAGCUGGAAGCACUCCUUUGCAUUAUGCUGCUUGUGGGGGAAACUUGGAGUGCUGCCAGAUCCUUCUUGCAAGAGGAGCCAGUCGAUUGACUUUGAAUUGCAAUGGGUGGCUGCCACUUGAUGUUGCCAGGAUAUGGGGUCGUCAUUGGCUUGAGCCCUUGUUGGCACCUAAUUCUAACACAAUCAUACCUAGAUUUCCUUCUUCCAACUACUUGUCCUUACCGCUUUUGAGUCUACUUAACAUAGCAAGAGAAUGUGGGUUGCAGUCCUCAACAACAUCCUCAGAUGAUGCUGACACUUGUGCUGUCUGCCUUGAAAGAGCGUGUAGUGUUGCUGCUGAAGGAUGUGGGCAUGAACUAUGCGUAAGGUGUGCACUCUAUCUUUGCUCAACAAGCCACAUUCCUUCCAAUAUGGUGGCCCCACUUGGGUCUAUUCCAUGCCCUCUUUGUAGACAUGGCAUUCUUUCCUUUGCCAAAUUACCCAGUUCACCAGCAAAAGAAAUUAAGCUGCAUCUUUCACUUGGUCUGUGUACCCCAUGCAUGCUUCAUCCUUGUGAUACAGAUUGCUCAUCACCUGCUUCAGAGACCGUAAAGAAUCACGUCGCCUCAGUUUCUUCAGAUCUUUUCUGUCCAGUUACCUGUAGUCCAUUUCUUCCUGUUGCCAUCCCUUUGUGCACCUGCAAUGAUGGUCCUUGCCCUUCUUUUGAACCUCAAGAUACCGAAACUCAAGAUGAAUCUCCAAGACGUUCGCAAGCUACAUCAAUUGACCAGGAUAAACUUGAAGGACCAAGACUGGAGAAAACAACCUGCUCAAGCAUGUUUUGGGGUAGGAGGAGCUGCAGUAGAGAGCAUCAAUGCAAUUCCGAAAUAAAUGCUUGAUUGGUUUCGUCUGUGGUUGAUCUAUUCUACGAAAGAGCUUCAGUCAUAGGUUCCAUUGUGGGACAAUACCCCAGGUGCAAAACCCUUUAUGAAAUCUUCGAUUUUUUUUUUUGGGUAGUAUUAUGUAUUUAUUACUAGUUCAAGAAAGCUCGAAUUUUGUUUCUAUUGAAAUAUUCAGAAAGUGAAUCUAAUUGCUAGUCAAUGUUAUAUUAUGAAAUGAUACGGAGUCAAUGUCUAGGGAACAGAGACAGCUAGCUAUAUCCUAGUAUUCUGUUGUUCGAGGAUUUGCCGAAGAGAUGCCACUGGCACUGGAUGUAUAUAAUUCUCAUAUUAACAAAAAUAUUGCAAUCUUGAUCGCCAAUAACCGAUAUUUCAAAAUUUCAAGUUGAUUAAUUAUUACUUGAAGCCUGUUUAACUGAUGCCCUGUUUUUGAAUUAUAUAUUUCCUCCUCUCUGCUCCAUUAAUAUCCAUCCAAACUCUGGAGUUGUUAUCUUCAUGAUAUGGAACUAUUUUUGUGAAUUCUACAUAUAUGAUCAUAAAAAGUUGAGAAUGGAAAAACCAGCUACAUUUAGAUUAUUA